GAUUUUUGUCCAGGCUCUCGCUCGAUCAAUCGCAUUUCAUCCCAAGGUUCUUUUGAUUUUUUUCUUUCGUUCUCGUUUGGUUUCGUUCUUGGUUCUUCGUGGUUCUUUCUCUUUUGAUCGACGAGCAUUCAUUUCGGCCAUUUUUUUCUUUUGAUUUGUUCCUUUUUCUGGGAUUUUAAACUUGGAUCGUCGAGGGAGCGUGGCGACCCCUUGUGUUUCUUUUUCUCGCCGUGCUUGGCGUUGCAACCACCGUCAAGUUUAGCUCGUUCAUUCUUUGGGUCGUGCUCAGCUCAGCACAUAUUAGUUUUUCUUCGCAUGCGUGGCGCCACAAUCUUUGGGAUCAAGCGAUCACUCUCAUUUCCCUCUCGAAGGCCAAUUCACAAGCUAUACAACGCAAGCAAGGACGAGUUCUUCUCUCCCGGAAUUCUUACCUUCUUCGACUUCUAAGAUCCAAUCUCUCGCUCUCGCCGAUUUUUAUAAACUUUUGUGGAAUCGUCUACUGCAUGAAAGCUGGGUCAACCGAUCGAUUUCUUGUGCUUCAUUGAUUGGAAUUAAAAUGGAGAGCAACAAAUCUGUCCAGAAAGAUAUGUCAUCAAGCAUCCAACUCAGUGGAACUUCUUCUGUUCCUCCUGGCUUUCGAUUUCAUCCCACCGACGAAGAACUCGUGGGUUACUACUUGGCCAAGAAAGUAGCCGCGAGCAAAAUUGAUUUGGAUGUCAUCCGCGAGAUCGACUUGUACAAGCUGGAGCCAUGGGAUCUUCAAGAACGGUGCCGAAUUGGCUCCGCGGAGCAGCACGAGUGGUACUUCUUCAGCCACAAAGACAAGAAAUACCCGACCGGGACGAGGACCAACAGAGCCACCGGUGCAGGAUUUUGGAAGGCCACUGGGCGAGACAAGCCAAUCUUUGCUCGCGUCUCCAAAUUGAUCGGCAUGAGGAAGACGCUGGUUUUCUACAAAGGUCGAGCUCCAAACGGGCAGAAAUCGGACUGGAUAAUGCACGAGUAUCGCCUGGAGGAUGAUAUCAACAACACUGCAACAAACGAAGAAGGCUGGGUGGUCUGCCGAGUUUUCAGGAAACGCAACGUUGUCAAGAAGCCGAGCAGUGACUUCGACGGGGCCUGCUGCUACGAUCCGGAAGAAAAUAUGGACAAGAUGUAUAGCAGCAACAGCAGUUUUGUCAAGCAAGAGUUGGAGAGCGCCGGUAUCUACUUCCCAUUUGCGUUUGAUCACUCGCUGCCGCACCUCGAGAGCCCCAAGAGAGCAAGCCCCAUGAGCUACAAUCCUCCUCCGGAAGAUCACGAGCACCACCACGAUUUGAUCAAAGCUUCCUCCUACAUCGACAACGAGCUAGAAGAACUGGUCCACAAGACGUUCAGUGGCGGCGGAACACAGGCCCCGGCAGAGACUAGCUUUCAUGGUUUCAGCGAGGAAAUGGUGCCGGCAUCCUGGGAGGAUCCCGAGAGAAUGCUCUCGUCCCAAGUGGCUGGAGUUCACGAGGACGAGUUCUCGAAAGAAUCACGGCUGGGCAACUUGGACAGUCUGGUGGAACGCAUGAACAGGGGGCAGCAGCUGCAGCAGCCAGAUUACUCGUAUGAUGUUGAUCUCUGGGGAUUUACCAGGUAGCCCGCGGAUUACAUCACACAGGCCUGGAUACUUUCUCUCUCCCCACUUCAUCCAGUCGAUCGAUGAAUCGAGCUUGUUUCUUUCUUGAAGAGAUGGACGAACUUCGUGCUGGUGGUUACUUAUUAUACUUUUCUCGACAAAACAGGUACCUUCCCAUCCAGUUUGCUGGCUUUUGUUACGCCCUCCUCUCCGUUUCUCUUCUUUCGGUGGUUUCCUGGAUUUCAGAGAGAGCCUGGAAGUGAAUGAAACGAACGCUGUUUUCUGUCCUGCGCUGUGGAUCUCUUCCAUAUUAUUAUUAUUAUCAAUAUGUGAUUAUAUUUUUAUGACUAAUUCAGCAAUUGAUCAUGGUCAGUUUA